GCUAGCAUGAAAUUAAAGGCAAUAAUAACAUUGUCCUUAAAACUCUCAUUUAGGAAUCCUAUAUCUCAGUUUGUUUAUAUCCUUACUUUACCUUUCUUCCCUCAUUAGUCAUUACUCUUCCCCCCACAAAACAAACCAAUAUUUCCUAUCUUACACUUCUUCUCAACACUCAAGAAAAUCCACUUCUCCAUCACUAUUUCCACCAUAUAUACACACUUGUGACUUGACAAGCAAAUAUAAGUAUUAAUGUCAAGAAGUGUAAAUAAUAGGUGGAUGAAAGUGGUGAAGAGAUGGGAGAGUAGCAAUGAGCUACCACCACUAAUAGGUCCGCCUCCACCACGAGUGGAGGCGGACGAAGGCCGAUACAAUCAUCGGUCGAUAGAAACACUAGUGGUAGUACUGGCAGUGAUAACGAUCGUUGCAGUGAUUGCCGGGAUCAUUGCUAGGGUGUGCGGAGGAAGACACCUUGGUGGCAGUGGUGAGCAUGAUAUAGAAGGGUGGGUUGAAAGAAACUGUAGGAGUUGCAUUGAUGGUGGCAUUCCUCCUCCUCCGCCUCCGCCUCCGCCUCCUGCAGCUGCAGCUCCAGCUGCAGCAACUGAGGAAGCCAAGCCAGCAGCUACUGAGGAAGAAAAGAAGUGACACUAUUAACUAAAGUUCAAAUUAACAAAGUAAUGCUCAUAUAUCUUGUAAGUGUUCUUUUUUUUUCAUUUUUUGUUGGGUAUGUUGGGAAUUUGUGAGCAGGAAAUGUAGGAAUUGUAUCCUGAAUUUAGAUGGUGUGUUAAGCUGAGAAGUAUAUGGGUAGAGAAAUUUUUUUAGAUCAGUAGCAGCAUUUAGUUCAGAGUUAGGAAAAGCUGAACAAUUUUUUGUGCUAUACAACUGAAUCAUGUUCAUGGAAUACAGUGAUAUGUUUGAUGA